AUGAACAACCUAGACGAAGUAAUACAAGUCAUCUCAAUUGGCCUCAUUGUUGCUGCUUUCCUCCUCCACACAAAUCGAUUCCUAAAAGCCAUUGAGUUAUGCAAGGAAUGCUUGUUCAUUCUCAAAGACAGAGCAGGCAUAAAAGACGAGAAAAUAAGCAAAUCAUUCUAUAUGAGGAUAUGUUUUAUAAUGUGGAAGGCUUAUAGUGGUAUCAGCGACAAUACAAACGCCAUGAAAUAUGCAGAGAAAAUUCUCCAAAUUUACCACGAAAGCGGUAAAAGACUUGAGGAAUAUAACUUAAGCGUAACACUUGGAGAGAUCUAUUUCGAUCAACGUAAAUACGAACAAACAAAACAAGUCACUGACAGAGCCCUCCUAAUCAGUAAAGAAAUUGGAGACAGAAACGGAGAAGCUUCCUGCUACCAAAACCUUGCAACCGUCUAUACAUCAGUUGACGAAUACGAGAAGGCUAGAGAACAUCUCGAGAAAUCACUUGCGAUCCACAAAGAAAUUGGAGACAGAAAUGGAGAAGCUAGCUGUUACAGAGACCUUGGAAACGUCUACAUAUCAGUUGACGAAUAUGAGAAGGCUAGAGAACAUCUCGAGAAAUUACUUGCGAUCUACAAAGAAAUUGGAGACAGAAAUGGAGAAGCUACCUGUUACGAAAACCUCGGAACCGUCUAUGGAUCAGUUGGCGAAUUUGAGAAGGCUAGAGAACAUCUCGAGAAAUCACUUCCGAUCCACAAAGAAAUUGGAGACAGAAAUGGAGAAGCUACGUCUUACAUAAACCUUGGAAAUGUGUAUCUAUCAGUUGGCAAAUAUGAGAAAGCUAGAGAACAUCUCGAGAAAUCACUUGCGAUCAGCAAAGAAACUGGAGACAGAAAAGGAGAAGCUACGUCUUACACAAACCUUGGAAGUGUGUAUCAAUCAGUUGGCAAAUAUGAAAAGGCUAAAGAACAUCUCGAGAAAUCACUUGCGGUCCACAAAGAAAUUGGAGACAGAAAUGGAGAAGCUGCCUGUUACGGAAGCCUUGGAAACAUGCAAGGAUGAUAGCCAUGAAGAUUGG